CGACGCCGGGGCCAACGAAGCAGCCGCGGCUCUCUCUUUGCCCCCCUCACCGGAAGUAGCCGCCAUAGCAGCCGCGGGAGGAGAUGCUACGUAGUUCCGGCGUGGAGCUGGCGGCUGAGGAGUGAGAGAGUGGAGAGUUGUGCGGGGGAGAGUCUGAGGAGGCCGGCGAAGGGAGAAGGCAACUGAUUUUCCACAAUGUCCUUCAUAGUUGACUGGAUCUACAAUAGCUUCAGCAGUGUGCUGCAGUUUCUAGGAUUAUACAAGAAGUCUGGAAAACUAGUUUUCUUGGGUUUGGAUAAUGCAGGCAAAACCACUCUUCUGCAUAUGCUCAAGGAUGACCGAUUAGGUCAACAUGUUCCAACACUGCAUCCAACAUCAGAAGAGCUGACAAUUGCAGGAAUGACUUUCACAACAUUUGAUCUUGGUGGCCACGAACAAGCUCGCCGUGUAUGGAAGAACUAUCUACCAGCAAUUAAUGGGAUUGUCUUUUUAGUGGACUGUGCAGAUCAGGAACGUCUUCUGGAGUCAAAAGUGGAACUUAAUGCAUUAAUGACUGAUGAAACAAUAUCCAAUGUGCCAAUUCUUAUCUUGGGUAAUAAAAUUGACAGACCAGAAGCUAUCAGUGAGGAAAAACUCAGAGAGAUUUUUGGACUUUACGGACAGACCACAGGAAAGGGUAAUGUACCACUGAAGGACUUGAACACGCGCCCCAUGGAAGUGUUCAUGUGCAGUGUGCUGAAGAGGCAAGGCUACGGUGAAGGUUUUCGUUGGCUGUCGCAGUAUAUUGACUGAUAUUAGAGGGAAAGCUCUAACUCCUGGACUGGUCCUGUUUGCAGCUUCCUUAUGGACUUUUCUAUUAGAACAUGGAAGGCUCUCCAACCAUAUACUGGCAUUGACCCAGAGACUCCCGUCUUCAGUUAACCCAUAUCACAGUGGUGACACAGUUCUUUUCCCUUUGUCUUGGAGAUAACAUUCUGUACACUGGUGCAAGUUGUCAUGUCUCUAGGGCCCAUUGUUUCCACUGGAAACUUGGCUUUUAGUUACAGUGGGGCUGGUGAGGUGGAAUGCAGGACUCUGCAUCCAGUACUCUUUUAGUGGCUGGAAAAGAGAACAUGUCUCACCACUGUGGCCAAUUGACUUAAAAGAAAGCAACUAUAUUUUUAAAGUGUUCAAUGUAAAUCUUGUCCCUUUAGAUUGUUUAAGUUAACAUUCAACUUGUUUGGGCCAGAAUCUGUUAAGAUUUUUUUUAAAAAAAAUCUAUUUAAUAGUUCCAAAGUGACUGACCCAAGUAUCAUGAUAUUUGGAUAGAAAGAUGGAUUGAAUUGCCCUAUGAGAUGGCUGUGCUGCCACAUUGCUUGAUGAUGAAGAUGGUGCUGUUGGGAGUGAUUUGUGCAAUGGUUUUUCCUCUUUCUUUGACAGGGGUUUUAAUUGGGAAGGAAAAUGGAAUACUCAAACGAAGACACAUUUGUCUUAGCUUUCCAUGAAGUCAUGAUAUGUAGGAAUCUGAAACAUGGUUAUUCACUUUGGCCCACCUCUAAACGUUGCUAUCACUCUUUUGGCAGCAGGCUUUCCUCUUUGCAGCACCAGUGGGGAAGGACUUAGGAUGCAGAAUGUUUUGCAUUUCAAGCAACUUCUGGGAAAAAACAAUAGAAAUCAUGAAUUUUGUUGGGUUACUGUAGCAUUAAAUUUUUCCAACCAGUGCAUAUCAUAAUGCUGUUAAUUUAAACUAACCUUGUUUCUUUUAUAUCCAACAGAGCUUGUGUUUGAAGUUUCAUUAUUUGCCUGGUCAUCUUCAUUUUCAGUUAAACACACAGGCAUCCUCUCCAUUAGAGGAGGACAAUGUUGCUUUAGUUGGAAUUAUUUCUAGUAUUCACUGGCAGAUAUAUUUCGGUCUAUGGGAACAUACGACUUAGAGUCUGAGAACAGGUGUUUGCUAACUCUGAAAUGCAAAAUGGCAGUGUACCAGCUACUGUGCUGUAGGCACUUAAUUCCUUUGAAAAGUAUGGUAUUGCUAAGACAUUAUGCUAAAACAUAACAUGACCAUGUUAGCCACUGUGAUCUAACAUCCUUCAUCUUAAGCAUCAAACUCCUUCAAAGAGAACAAAGUCGAUAGCAUAAUAAUUAACAAUUGAAAUUCCCAGAAAUUUAGUGUGAUAUUGAAAAUCAAUUUCCUUUAACUUUUACAUUUGUCCCUUUUGCCCUUUGCUUUGACAUAGCCACAUGGAGUCCUCUGAAGUAUGUAAUGCAUCUGCAAAACAGGAUAAUUUUAGUGUUUCUCUGCCAGCAGGAAAAGCUGAAUGUACUGCAAAUGCUAUACAUUUAAAUUGUACAGGUUGAUACUGUCUGAUGUGUAAUGGUCAAUGUACUUCCAAGGUAGUUUAAGCUGGAUCGUCAUUGGAAGAACUGUGAGACAGUAAACUAUUUCUGAAAGGGGUGCCUGGCGAACACCUAUUUAGCAACUGGGGGUUCUGUUAUUCAUUCUAGAUCUGUUUGCAGUAACCUUACCAAAAUGGCUGCGUAUAGCAUCAUUGUUGCAUUCACCUUCAGUCUUUGUAAAUACCUUUGGGCUUUACAUAAGAAGUUUUUCAAUCACUUGUGAAUAUCUCAUAGGGCAAAGUGCCUAUGUAUGUGGUGCCAUGGAGUUGUAGGGAAUACAACAGUCUACAGUAGUCCCACAGACACUAUUGAUCAGAUGCAUAUAAUGUAGCAUCUUCAAUAUUGAGCAUCUAGAUUUCUCCCAGUCAAGGUGUUCAGAAUGGAUGGCUCCUCUUGAAAUAAUAUGACACCUGGUAACUCUUAUUGGAAAUAGUAUUCUCUGAUUCCAUGCUUUUAAAAAGACACCCCCCCCCCCCCCCCAAAUAAACAAGAGCUAUAGGGUUGAUGCCCAGUAAAAGCACAGCUUUCUAUGAAGGUGGUGUCCCAACCGCUGGAGGAAGCAGUUGUGAAUAGCUCUGACUUGUCCUCCCACCCCGCUUGCCAUGUGUAUUGUCAUUAGACAAAUCUAACUCUUCACAGUGUAUGGAUAUAAAGUUUAAUAUAUUCUUUAGAAAUUGGAUUGCAGAUUGGAGAAAUGGGAGAAGUAUGUCAUUCUGUUAGCAAAAUGUUUUAACUUCCCAUUUCUGGAAACGUGAAACAUGUUUGCAGAGAAGGUUUGUCUGUAUCCACAACAUUUUAAUAAAAGUUUUUU